UUCGCUGUUCUACAUAUGCCCGCACGAGACGAGUUUUCCUCACUGUGUGGUUAAACAGACCUCCAGCACAAAGCCCCCACAUCGCAUUCACCAUGUCCGUGUGUCCUCUCCGGACCCAUAUCUCUGUGUUAUGUUUUUAAAGUGACCUCAGGGUUGGAAAUAAACCUGUCUGGAUGAGUUUGAUGAAGAGUCGAUCUAUUGGAUGAAGAGGCGGAGCUGCAUACGCGUAUGCACAAACACACAGAGACAAUCGACCAGCUGCCACAUUUAUUCACUUAUUAACAUGAGACGCUAUAUUCGGCACAACAUUCACACACCACGGUGCUAGAUGGUGUUUGUGAAGGCAGUGCGUAAUGCUGAAGGGGCUCGUCCUGAGUCAGAAUGAGUGUCAAAGAUGGCGAUGGGACGACUAGCCAAGAUGGAAAGGCUUACGAACUUCAGAUCUACCCCAGACUCUCUCUGGAGACGGCAUCAUGCUGUACACUCAGAGUCACCAAGGAGGCCACCACAGCUAGCGUCAUACAGGAUGCGGCAGCGACCCUCGGACUGGACGCCAGCAAGGUCUACGUCCUGGCCGAGGUGAAGGAGUGCGGCGGGGAGGAGUGGGUGCUUGAAUCAACCGACCUUCCAGUGCACAGGGUCCUUCUAUGGCCGAGAAAAGCCCAAGAUCAGCAUUCUCAGAAAGAGGGAUUUUACUUCCUCCUCCAGGAGCGCAACAACGAUGGCUCCAUCUGCUACGUGCACCUGCCUUCCGUGGGGAACGAGCAGGAGUCCAAGCGACUGGUUGCUCGGGGCUUCCUCCCACCCCAGCAGGAGGACUAUGAGGACCUCUGCAACCUUCCUGUCCUCAAUGAGGAUAGCAUCUUGGAUAACCUCUGCAUUCGUUUUCAGAAGAAGAAAAUUUAUACAUACGCUGGAAGCAUCCUCAUUGCCAUCAAUCCUUUUAAGUUCUUACCCAUUUACAACCCCAAAUAUGUCAAAAUGUACGAGAACCACCAGUUGGGCAAGCUGGAACCUCAUAUUUUCGCCAUUGCCGAUGUAACCUACUACGCCAUGUUGCGCAAACGUGUCAACCAGUGUAUCGUUAUCUCAGGAGAGAGCGGAUCAGGCAAAACGCAAAGCACUAACUUCCUCAUUCACUGCUUGACGGCUCUCAGCCAGAAGGGUUAUGCAAGCGGCGUGGAACGAACCAUCUUGGGUGCUGGACCUGUGCUGGAGGCGUUUGGAAACGCAAAGACGGCCCACAACAACAACUCCAGCCGAUUCGGGAAGUUCAUCCAGGUCAAUUACCUGGAGAGCGGCGUGGGUGCGCGGGUGAGAGUCACACACACACACACACCCUGCCCUCUGAUGUCACUUCCUCUUCUCCCUCAGAAGAGCUGCUGCCUCUAAUCUGAGAUCGAUUCU